AUGGGGAAAGGGAAAGGGUACAACAUCUCGGCGCUGGUGACCGUGGCCACCAAGACGUUCCUGCGCUAUGACAAACUGCGGGGCCUCAUCGCCAGCAUCCGCCGCUUCUACCCCUCCGUCACCAUCGUGGUGGCCGAUGACAGCCAGAGACCCGAGCCCCUGGCAGGGCCACACCUGGAGCACUACCUCAUGCCCUUCGGCAAGGGCUGGUUCGCCGGGAGGAACCUGGCGGUGUCGCAGGUGACCACCAAGUACGUGCUGUGGGUGGACGAUGAUUUCAUCUUCACGGCCCGCACGCGGCUGGAGAAGCUGGUGGAUGUGCUGGAGAGAACCAGCCUGGACCUGGUGGGCGGCGCGGUGCGGGAGAUCACCGGUUACACCACCACGUACCGGCAGCGGCUGAGCGUGCGCGGGGGCGGCGCGGGCGGGGAUUGCCUGCGGACCCGGCCCGGCUUCCACCACCGCCUCGCCGGAUUCCCCGCCUGCGUGGUCACCGACGGCGUCGUCAACUUCUUCCUGGCCCGCACCGACAAAGUGCGCCAGGUGGGCUUCGACCCCCGCCUGCGCCGCGUGGCGCACCUCGAAUUCUUCAUCGACGGCCUGGGGGUGCUGCACGUGGGCUCGUGCGAGGACGUGGUCGUGGACCACGCGUCCAAGCUGGCGCUGCCGUGGCGGCGCUCGGAGGGGGAGCGCCAGUACAACCGCUACCUACCGGCCGCCCGCGACGACAGCGUGCGCCUCAAGCAGCGCCUCUUCUUCUACAAGAACCGCUUCAAGUGCAUGGCCGGCGACUAGCGGGGACACCGGGACACCGGGGACACCGGGGACACCGGGCGGGGACACCGGGACACCGGGGACACCAAGGACUCCGGGCUGGGGACACCGGGGCUACCCCGGG